UUGAGAUGUCUCAGACUUACAACCAGGUCAGGAAAUGAACACAGAGAUCGAAAACGCCAUUGAACGGAUUGAGGCGCUUCUCCGGCUGGUCGCGUUAGAAUGAAUGUCAGCAGUCUGGACUCCCCACCAACAGCAUCAAAGAUCCCAGCCGUCAUCCCAGCUGAAUCCUGGACUGAGCCCCUUUGGGAAACCGCUGGGAAUACGCCAUCGCUGCAAUUUGCCAAUUUCUUGUUAGUUUCUUGUCUUCCAGCCUUAUAAUUCUGGCUCCUUGGCGGCGCUUCCUGUCAUCAUGAAUGGACCGAACAGCUGGCACAGCGCAUCCUCCCACGGACCAUCCGUUGCAUAGCCACCGGACUGCACUUUAUUAAACAUUUAUCGUCCCCCUGUCGUUCCUUCAAACGUGCAUGUGUUUCGCAAGCGAUUGAACUCUUAAAAUCAUGGUUGGCGUACCAGGACGAUCAAAAGCGUGUGUGACAUGCUUGAAGCGGAAAAAAAGAUGCGACCUGGAGAAACCGUUUUGUGGCACAUGUCGCAAAGCCCGCGUCGAGUGCGCGGGAUACUUCCGUCCCCGCAUAUUUAUCAAUAACACUGCCGAGAACAACAACAGCCAGCAACUCGUCAAGAAAGGCCGAAUCCGAAGCAAUGGGGGAGAUGUUGCUCUGCCUCGCGAGCUAGCACGAAGUGCUUACCAAACCAAGUAUAUAGACCUGUUUUGGCGGCUGUACUUUCCCAAUGGCCACCCGUCCCCUACCGUGGUGAACGCCACAGCAGGCGGGUGGGUUGACGCAACCCAGGACCUGUACAUCUCUGAGAGUGUAUUGAAAAAGACAAUCCUGGCCUUGGCUAUCUCUGGCGUGGGGAGGCAGGAGGAUGAUAAGUCUUUACGAGAGGAGGGCAGUAAGCUCUACGCAAACUCGUUGCAGGAACUUACAGUGGCGUUGAAGGAUCCGCGGAGGGGAUUGAGCGAUGCUAUCUUUACGGCGGUUAGAUUAGCGGGGUUUUAUGAGUCUGUUUAUGGCACGAACGAUCGUGAAAUCAGGCAGGCCCGGGGUUGGCAAGCACACAGCGCUGGCGUCAUUGCGCUUCUCGUAAUGCGGACUCCAUACGCAUUUAUAUCGGGCCAUUCUCACAGGCUAUUCACGGAUGGACGAGCGCAUCUGAUAAUGUCCUGCCUCAGAGGCAGGAAGAGGUGCGUCCUCGCCGAACCAGAGUGGAAGAUGAUACCAUGGCUCCAGCAAGAAAAGUCUCCCAGGGACUAUCUUUUGGACAUUAUUGCUGAACUUUCUGGAAUCUUUGAGGACCUGGACGUGAUGAAGACUUGCGAUAACCCAUUCGAAAAGGAACGCCUCAAACAACAAGUCAUCGAUAGCCUGCUGCAAAUGCAGCAAGACCUGGCAACCUGGCAGGCUUUACAUGCUCCAGACUAUGAGAUACCCACAAAAGUACCGGAGGAGGUAUCGCCACAGCAGGUUAUAGGGUGUCAUCUCAUGACUUCCUUCUGGGCCACUGUGAUCGUUGUCGUGAACAACUUUCAAACCCUAUGGGAGCCGGCGCGGGAGAUUGAUCCCAUUUUUGACCUCGAUAUCUGCUGCGGAAAUAUAAUUAGGUCAUUCUAUAUCAUAAUCCAUCCGGCCAUGGGCAUAUUCCGCACUCACCUCACCACCUAUCCGAUGACCGUUGCCAUUUACUAUAUCCGCGAGGUAGGCCCGCAGCGAUUAGUCGAGGAACGACGGAUCCUCGCGGACUGCCUUUGCGAUCCUGCCAUUGCGCAUGUGCGACAGUUUAUCAACAGUAUGGCUGACGACAUGCCGUUUGAAUUUUUGAACUAGAUGCCAGAUACCCCAGUUUAUGUACACUCAGUCCAAUAUGCCAAUUAAUCAACAAGAUAAAUGCUUCCUUCUGAAUCAUACCCGAUCUCCCUAGCCUUCACAUUCCUCAAAUGGCUCACACCCCCAGAAAGCUCACAAUCAUGAUAGAAAAGCCACCAUCUCCCCUCAAACUCCACGAUGGAAUGGUGCGUCGUCCACCCCAGCACCGGCUCCA